AUGUCAAAGCACUUUUAUCCCAUACACAUUAUCUAUCUAUCUAUCUAUCUAUCUAUCUAUCUAUCUAUAGAUAUGUUUAAGUGUCUCUCUCACUCUCACCCUUACAAUCACUUUAUAUCUAUCUAUCUAUCUAUCUAUCUAUCUAUCUAUCUAUCUAUCUAUCUAUCUAUCUAUCUAUCCCAUACUCUUUAUACGUGUCUGAUUCUGCUUAUAUCUUUCUAUACUCUCUUUAUCCCUCUCCUUCUAUCUCUAGAUGUUUGUAUGUGCUGCUCUAGGUCAUUCUUUAAAUCUGUCUCCUUCCCCCUCUAUCUCUCUAUUUCUCUCUAUCUCUAUCUAUCCUUCUAUAGAUACGUCUCUCUCUCUCUCUCUCUCUCUCUCUCUCUCUCUAUCUCUGUAUUCGUUUUCAUUGGUUUCCCUUCCUUUGCUUCCCAUCUAACACGCUAUCUAUCUUUAAAUGUGUUCGUGUCAUUCUCACUCGCUAUUCCUUCUGAUCUAUCUAUCUAUCUAUCUAUCUAUCUAUCUAUCUAUCUAUCUAUCACGUCAUUAUCUCUCUCUAUUCUAUCUAUCUCAAUCUCUUCAUCAUGUAUAUAUCUAGUUGUAUACAGAAGUUAA